GAGUCUUGAAAGCUCCCAGUAGCCUAUUUAGCCCUUCACUGAACUUACAAUGGAAUUCCUUCGUUUGUCCUGUUUUUUUUUUUUUUUACUCUGGAAUAUCGCCAUUUCCGACCGUACCUGAAGGCAGCAGCAGAGAAACGACAAGAGACAAGAGAGAGAGAGAGACACAGCGGAGCAGCGAGGGGAGAGAGAUAGAGAGAGAGAGAGAGAGAGAGAGAGAGAGAGGAACCUGUGCUGUUCUAUAACACGGGGAGACAGGAAUCCGUCAGAGAUAACCCGAUAAAUAUAAACUGUUACGGUUUUUGGAGAGUUGAAGCUCGGGGUCUCUGUUGUCAGUCGCUGCUCUGGAAGCUUCAGAAGAGUGUCUCCUCUUAUCUCUGUGGAUCUGGACUCUUUACGUGGGCUUUUUUGGAGAGCUCGCACCGGUCUCCCCUGUAUCUGUGUGAGGGUUUGUGCCCAGCGGUGUUUGAACUGGUGGAUGAUAUACAGAACCUGCAGGACGUGCAAGAAAUGGAUACUUCUUAUAAACUGCUUCUAAACUGAAGAGAAUGAAGAGAGGCCUGUGAAAUAAUGACGAAAGGAAGUGUGGAGGAUUACCCUGAUGGAAAGACCCCUCAAAUUGUCUGUCCAAUGACACGAUGAUGACCGGGAAUUGAGGGAAACCUUUGCUUUUCUACGUACUAAGAUAUUCUAAAACUGCAGUCUCACCUUGAACAUUUCACUACAUCAGUCCAAAUGAUAAAGCUACACAGCAUAGGUUUUCUAUGAUGCCAGUGGGACGUAGCUAGUUUAAGGCUCUGAUUCACUGACGGAUGAAGAUGGAUAGAUGGUGACACAUUGAGUAACUCCAGGGUACUAAAUAAGCUGCCGUGUAAGCAGCUGGAUCUCUGGAUGACUGGAGGUAGAUAGUAUUUUUAAUUGGCCAACAAAGACGCACUAGAUAUCCCUAGAUGUGCUGCCGCAGAUAGCAGUAGUUUCAAGUUUCAUUGAGCUUGUGAGAGUCUAGGUCGAGAGGGUUGUUAAGUGUGAACCAUGAAUACUAGAGAGAGUGUUGAGUUGAUGGAGACCCAGGAGGGAGGCCUGAAGGAGAAGCUGCUCGGAGGGAAAAUGAACCCUGAAAAUGACGUCGAAGGUGAGGAUGACAAAAUCUCUGGGACCUACGACUGCAACAUCUGUGGACGCAGCUUCCCGUUCCUCAGUUCUUUGUCGCAGCACAUGAGACGCCACACGGGGGCUCGCCCUUACAAAUGCCCCUACUGUGACCACAGAGCCUCUCAGAAGGGCAACCUCAAAGUCCACAUUCGCAGCCACAAACUGGGCACACUGUCUAGCCACCACUCCAACGAUGAUGAAGAUGGCGGGGCUGAGGAGGAGGAGAUGAGUGUUUCAGAAGGUCUGGAUGGAGGUACGAGUCCGACUAAGAGCAGCUCGGCGUGCAACCGGAUGAUCAACGGGGAUAGUGGUGAGGAGAGCCGGAGGAAAGUUCCAGGGAGGAGCGUGAAAAGAGAGAAGUCAGUAACCGACCAGAGGCCUUACUGUUGCCGUCUUUGUGGCUAUGAGGCCCUGCGAGAGGACCAGCUCCUCAGCCACAUUGAGAAGGUCCACAUAACAGCGGACGCAGACGACGAGGCCACUGUUAAAGAAGAGGCUGUGACUGAAACCGAUGUGCCCCAACCCCAGAGCGAUGGGAGUUUCCCCUGUGAGACCUGUGGCCAAGUCUUCUCCCAGGCAUGGUUUCUCAAAUCACACAUGAAGAAACAUGCAGGCAUCCUGGACCACUGCUGUCGAAUCUGCGGACGGCGGUUCCGCGAAGCGUGGUUCCUCAAAUCUCACAUGAAAACACACAACACCAAAUCCAGGUCACGGUCGAAGGUGGAGUCGGCCGAGAUUCCCGCGACCAUCAACGAUGUCACCCAGGAUCCUGACGUUAUCACUUGCUCCAUUACAACCAAUUAUCAAGUGUGUUCCAAAUGUGGCAACCUGUUCCACAACAAAGAGAGCCUCAGGGCCCAUGAGAAAGUCCACGGUCUCAGCUCCUGCAAGAAAUCCCAAAGCCAAAACAGACUCAGCGAAGAUGAGGACACACCAGCUGCUAAAAGACGUCUCCUUGACUACCUGAACCUUCAGCCUGCUCAAGAGACCCAUGAAGAAGGGGAAGAAGGGGAUAAGAGCGAGAACAUGGUGCUUGGUGAAAGAAUCCCAGAGCUAGAUCCAGUCUGCAGCUACCAGGCCUGGCAAUUAGCUACUAAAGGAAGGGUUGUGGAGCCCGUGGAGCCAAGUUACAAAGCCUCCUAUGGGGGAGGAAGUAUGGGCGAGGAAGCCCUUGCCGAAGCAGCUGUGGUCUUUGAGAAGGAAAGCAGUCGUUAUGUCCUGCAGAGUCAAGAGAAACGCAGCAGCUCAGGGCGACGUAGCAGCUCUGGUUUGGGAAGCCACGCUUCAUCAGGUGACCGGACACCAGAGAGCCUUAGCGACUCAGAGUACAGGCCUUCUUCUCGUCAGGACCGAAGGCGACCAUCUCAGUCGCAAGCCAGGUCCAACGAGUGCUUUGAGUGUGGGAAGGUGUUUCGCAGUCGUCACCAGAUGAUCGUCCACCAACGGGUCCACAGAAAGGAUGGGGGUAGAGCAUCUGUGGGGGAGAAGGAAAGAACUGCAAGGGAUGACCGAUGGGGCUCGACCAGUGAUCCAGAGUCAGGCUCCCCUAGCCGGCCCAGCACUCCAGGGUAUGGAGACUCUCCACCAGGAUCAACCCUUGGAGACCAGGCUUCAGGGAUGGGUACGGCAAACUCUGGAGAGAUUACAGGAGAGAAGCCUUACAUCCGCAGCCUGUCAGACUUUGUCACCACAGAGCUGCAGACCCAUUCAACUCAUGUUCGUGUGCAACACCCGGCUGCCUCUGAUGACAGACCCAGCCCCAUUCCAAGCCCUAGCUCCAGCUCAGACAGGGGCACCCCCAGUGGUUACCCCAAGCUGAAGAAGGCUCUUCUACAGGGGUUGAACAACUCUGCUUCACCUUCUGCUCACCGCUCAGCACGAUCGUCCCCACUCGAUCCCUGCCUGACCCCUGUGGAUCUCUGUGUGAGGGCCGAGGGCUGCAGGGGCGUCAACUCCCUUAACCUGGACAGGAAGAGCCUCCCUAGCCACAAGUGCUCCUUUUGCUCCCACUCCACUCGCUACCCCGAGGUGCUCUGGAUGCACCAGACUGUGGCUCACCGCAUCAACAGCAGUAGCUCAAAUCUUGCUCCAAAAUGGGCCUUGAAAAACAGCUCCAAGGGCUCCAGGGACAACUCCUUAUCCUCCAAGAGACGUACUGGUCCUCCACCAGUCCUGGAGGGAAAGGAGUGUCCACCGCUGCCUUCAUCCAUGCGCACCCAACGCACCCAGCCCCCAAACUACUCUACUGAGGUUGUGAAGAAGAGCAAGCCUGUUAAAGCAGCCAUGCCUUCGUCGUCUUCUGCUACUCCCUCCUCCUCACUCCCCAGGGGCCCCUCAUCCACCUCAGGCAGUCAAGUCGUGAGAGUCCCUGUCCGAGCAGGUGGGAGCUCCAGCAGACACACGGAGGACCAGAGUCCUCAGUCUCGCUUCAGGCCCAAAGUGGAUGUUUACCCUCGAGGAAGCUCGUCCUCUUCUUCCAGCUCGUUGGAGAAGAGCACCAGAGCCCUCUCCCGUUCCUCAGCCCCGAGCCCCAGUUCUGCUUCUGCAUCCCGGAUCUCUGACCGCUACAUGAUGCCUCAGGAGGGCCUCGGCUUCAUGCUGACCAGCAAACACGGUCUAGCAGAGUACAGCCGAGCCAGGGGUUCCCCUCAUCAGCCACUCGCCAACUCCCAGCACAGCCAGGGCCGGGCUAACGCUACGAGGCCCAGCACCAUCACCCACAGCUCUGCAGCGGGACUUAACUACGGGGCCUCCCAGGCACAUGGAGGCUCUACGCAGAAUCCUUCCUCCUCCUCUUCCUCCUCCUCUUCUUUGCCUUCAGAGGCUCGAGGGAAUGUAAAGCAGGAGCUAAUUGCAGAGACACCAGAGAUGCCAGCUGAUGUUCUUGGCUUCCUCAAAAACUACAGUCCCCAUGAGCUCGCAUCUCUCUACCACCGCUGGGGUGCAGCUAACGCACUACUGGAUCCCACUGGGAUGCUGAGGUCUCUCAUGCGGCAGGGACAGUACUUCUGCCACGAGUGCGGGAAGAGUUUCAGCCAGCCGAGCCACCUGCGCACCCAUAUGAGAUCCCAUACAGUUGGUUUUGAUUUUAACGGACUCCACAGAGGUACUGACGCUCACACCACCGCUUCUGAAGCUCCCAAACAAGGGAGAGGCCAUUCUGCUGCCAGCUCUGCCCAUACCGAGCCUCUCAGAAAGGGAACCUAAAGACGCACGUCCAGAGUGUCCACCAUAUGCCUUUCGACAACAGCCAGUACCCCGACACCAGGAGUUUGUUUCUGAGCCAUGAGGAGCAAGGAGUGCUGGAUGCCAAACACCCACCAAACAACGGAUAGAGAAGGAUCGGGACUGUGGACUAGACUAGUCAGGGAAUUAAACAUCCACAAAAACAGCAUCACUGUUCUGAAUGAGAGGACUAAAGGAUGGACCCAAGCCUCUACUUAACAUCUAUUAUCCCUUCAAAUAUGUUUCUGAAAGGCCCUUGUAGUUUUUAAAAGAUUUGUUUCUCUAUAUAUGAAGCUUGUUGCCAAGCAACUUUAAAAUCAAAAUGACUGACAUCAGAAGACAAGAGUUUCUCAUCUACUUGUAGAAAGACUUUUCUGGUAAUGUUUUCCAGAUAGAAACUCGGGUGUCAGGUGUGCACACUGGCUUGAAAUCCCCCCCACGCAGAAGAAAUGAAGAGUGAACUGAGAAAUGUCCGAUCAGCAGGAAAACUGGACUUAACGCUGAUUGAUCGGUGCUCCUCUUGGUCUUGUUUGAAAUGAAGGCUGAAGAAAGUUAAUAAAUUGUGUGUAGUUUACAUCACCUUUAAUGAUUCAUGAUGACUAUAAAAGGCCUGCAAAAAAAUGUAAAGAGUUGCCUCUUGCUGCCUUUUUGGAGGUACCAACAGGUGAAGUUGCCUCGGGCACGCUUUACAAGAAAAAAUUAAAAAAGAAAUUGAGCUUGAAUUCGAGGGUUAAAUCAAUGACUUGUGGCAUUGCAUGGCUGCUGUAGUUGCCCCCCAUCUUUUCCCUUUUCUAAGCUUUAUAGUAAAAGAAUUGUGCAUUCCUCAGGACACCAAUCAUCAGAAACAGGAGACACUCUGCAGUUCAUCAACAGUCAACAGACACACUGCAAGUUUGAUUCAUCUGGGAUCUGACUCAUAAAUAGGAAUACUUCCAUCUGUCUGUGUGUGUGUGUGUGUGUGUGUGUGUGUGUGUGUGUGUGUGUGUGUGUGUGUGUGUGUGUGUGUGUGUGUGUGUGUGUGUGUGUGUGUUUACGUGUGUGGGUUAAACUUCCCUACACUCCAAAGUGUAAUGUUAGGAGUGCAGUGACCACUCUGAGUCUGUGCAGUUGAUGAUUAGAAGAAAGGAAGAGAGAGAGAAAGAGAGAUGGGAUUAAAAGAGCAAGAGAGAGAGAGAGAGAGAGAGAGAGAGAACGCUAAUGGGGGUGUCUGCUUUAGUGCUCAUUAAAAAGAGUGUGCGUUUUUAAUAGCCAAUAUAAAUGAGCGGACCAUUUUUAUGGUCAUUCAAUUAUUGUCCAUUUAAGAGGAAGGGGCUGAGUGGAGGCAGUUUUCAUCCAUAACUCCUUCAUAUUAGGGGAGGUUUACGGAUACCGACCCUUCUGACUUUGAAUUAGACUGACUCUAAAACAGUUGGAAUUAAGAGAAGAUGCUAUAUAGCUCCCAACUUGAGUUCCUGCUAACAAAAAUAUGGCCUUGCUAGAGUUAGCUUAAUUUCAUAUUUCUGAAGGGAACCAAUAGCUUUCUGGCCCUUCGGUCUCCUUAACCCAUUAUGUUAUGAAAGCUUUGAUACCAAACCAAUCCUGCAACUUUUGAAGAAAUCGUUUUAACUGUACAGAAUAAGUUAGCUUCAGCUAGUAGGUUUAGCCGGGCUUUGAGCUAUGCUAACUGUGCAGAAACAGAUGCUAGGACCAAUUUGUUGAUAGAGUUUAAAAGGUCUAAAAUGAUAUGCUGUGUGAAUUGUGAAGAUUAGGAAGGUGGAGAGAUUUAACAAAUUAUUUUUGUUAAAUCAAGACUAACGUGAAAAUUAAGUAAAAAAAAAAAAAAAAUCUCAACUUCACAGAAACGGUAAUGUUUUUCACUGGGAAGAGUGACACUAUUACCAAAAAUACAAGUCUUCAACACAGAUUCUGUUUCUCUUUCACCUUUUUCAAGCCAUCGUGUUUUUGUAGUGUAGCAUUCAGAGCCACACUAAGUAAGUCCGUAUUCAGGCUCUGUGCUAAGCUAAGCUAAUUAGCAGCUAAUUGCUUUACCAUCAUGUUGAAUGCAAAACACAAGAGUGGUAUCAAUCUUUUCAUCCGACUCUUACCUAGACAGCGAAUACCUAAAAUAAAGCAGACUUAUUCCUUCAAACCUGUCGAGUUUGUCCAACAUAAUAUAACAUGACCUUUUAUUCAUCAUGUCCACUUCAUAUUAGCGCUCACCUGGAAAAGUAAACAACCAGAGAUACGGUGCUACUUUACUAAUAAGCCAAACUCACUGGUGCUGUCAGUCUAGUUUCUUGAAUGGUGAUGAGAAGAUUUGCAUUCGAGGAGAAAAGAGUGAGGAGGUCAGAGAGAGAGAGAACAGCCAGAGGUCUGAGGUCAGGCUUCCAGAGAGUUCAGGUAUAAACACACCAGAUGGAGAUUUUGAAGGAAGUUGUAGAGCUGUCACAGCCUUAACACAGAUGUGUGUGUGUGUGUGUGUGUGUGUGUGUGUGUGUGUGUGUGUGUGUGUGAGAGAGAGAGAGUGUUCUUUAAUGCUGUGUAUGUUUCUUUUUGUUCCAAACUUCUCCACACUGUAUAAGAGGUCGCCUCACUUCUGUCCUGCAGCCUCACUGCAGAUGCUUUGUACACUGGCCUACCUCCUUAGCAAAGAACACCUAUUUGAAGUUCAUUGGCUGGUUGGCCUGGCUGUUCUUUGCUAUAGGAGGACAUACCUGGGGCUUUUUUCCCCUUCUCAAUAGCCUUUAAUGAUUGAAAAAAAGCCAUGCCUUGAUAUAUUGGAGUAACAAACCGGAGAACUCAUAAUUACAAAGUAGGACUAGAGCCGUAGAGAUGGUGUUGUACACUUAAAAAAAAACUAAAUUCAAACAGGUUAAAGGUUACAGAGUAGUGUACAUCCCGUCUAUUUUAAAACCUCAGUAGUUUUUACAUUAUAAUGAAAAUGGUUGCUGUACCAGUGGGUCGUUGCAUACAAGAUUGUAUGCUUGAAAAAAAAUGCCUGAUCAUACACAGGUGUGUAUACUGAAGGUGUGGGUAGUGAAAAUACUUGAAAUAAGGAUACUCUAGCCUUGGAGGUAGUGUAGUACUAAUACCAAUGUUGUACAGAAUUCCCUUUAAGAUUAACUCCUCAGUUAUGAAUUUGUACUCCGAAGUGUGACUUAGAAAAACUAUGAAGCAGGAGUGAGUGUAUGUAAUAUAAAGUGUAUAUCUGUAAUCCACUCUUUACCAAACCCUUAUAUACAGCGGUAGAAACCAAAUGGCAUUAAUAGUGCACUUAGACUAGGUUACUGCUUUAACCGUUCUCAGUUUGCCCCGUUCUAGCUAAGGUUUCUUUGAGAAUGUUUUUUUUUUUUAAUGGUGCCGGCUAACACUCUUCAAUGUCAUUUCUGGUUUAGAGGCUUUUUUGUUAGCAUAAUUUCAUAGAUUUUAAUGACAAAGGGUUUGUUCUGUGACGGCUUAGCUCAUGGAAAGUUUGAUAAUGCUAGUUGCAGCAGUGCUUUAUUUUACUUUUUUUCAACAACAAAAAAAAAAAAAAGAUGUAAGAGUGUGUUUUUAGUCUUUCUCUUUGCUAAACUGCAGGAUUUGUUCAGUAGCUAGUCAUGGCUGCCCUCCCAGAGGGGCUGGCAGGUGUUGUUCUUUUCUCUUUGCUUGUUUUUUUUUUCUAUGAUGCCUCUUAAGUUGUAUUAUUUGUGUCCGUAUUGCUUUCUUUUAUUUUUUAUUCGUUUUGAACUUCAUGAUUAAUUUACCUUAGAAGACAUUAUUAUUAUUCCAAAUGUAUUUGGUUGAUAUCUGUAUUUAUUAUCACUUCAAAAAGGAUGCGAGGACAGAGGCAGACAGGAGUGUUUGUUUAAUUUGAUUUUUCUGGGUUGUUUUUGUUUUUAUACUGUGUAGUUUUCAUGCCAGCAAGCCGAUGUGAAAGCUCUACCUCGUCUGAGCCAUUCUCAGUUCUGUUACACUUUUGUACAUCAUUUCAAAAAGAUGUAAUGUCAUGUCCACAAUAAAGACACACAAAAUGGCACCUGUUGGCGCUGUUU